UUGCAGGAAGUGAACUGGAACAGCGGUCCGCUCGAUUUGGGUAGGAGUUUCGCUGGUGUGAUAUACUCUGUACAGCGUAGUAUCUCACAAGUUCUUUUGGAGUGUCAAAGCGGAUUCGGCCGUUCCUCGUUUGUUGCGUUGGUGAACGUCUCACCUGAAGAACAAGAGCAUUUUAUGAACGAUGAAGUCCGGAUGUUCCUCGCAGGUUAUGAAACGGAGAACAUUCGCUUCGUCUAUGGAUCCGAUAAUGAUGCUCCAAUCAGCAUAAAAGUGAAUCCUUCAUUGGAUCCGUUCAUGAGCUUUGAAGCACGACUAUUCAUUUUCACUCACUACAAGGGCUGUGGCCGAAGAAAUCGUCAAACGAUUGAACAAGCUUGUCUGCCCCAUCAUCGAAGCCGAUACAUAUGA